AUGGACGAUAUCUGUAAUUCGUGGGUUGAACCUAGCGAGUACCCACGGAUACCCAACGUAUACGAGCCGGUUGAAGAUGGCCAACUUGCCGAUUUUUACGAAAACAGAGAAAAGAAUGAAGUUGUUGAACGCGACAUGAGCACCCGGGACAGCCACAAGUCGUCCUGGGCUAUGCAUAGUAUUCAUGCGAGCGGCGAACAAGCCCACAAGGAGCUCGCCAACGAUCCAACAAAUUAUUCGGUUGUCGUGCAACUAGGGAGCAGCUACAGGAGCGACAACUUGACUCCUGGAGCCGGUCUAAGAGACUCGACAAAGGACUGGCGAUCUUCUACUCAUCGCCCAGAUUCGGCCGAAAAGAGACGUGCAAGGCGUGAGGCAAGCCUCGAGGAGUGGAAAGACGCAGGCGAUAGGCUCUUCUGCCAAUCAGGGAGAUACCGACCAUGA